CCUCUGCGCCCGGCAGCACCAUCUGGAGGGGCGGGAGCGCGCGGCCGGUGGGCGGCCUGGAGGAGCAGGGGGGCGUGCGGCCGGCCGUGCAGGAGCGGGGCGGCGGCAGCGCGGCCGUGCAGGAGCAGGGCGGCGGCAGCGCGGCCGUGCAGGAGCGCGGGGAGGCGCGCGCGGCCGAGCAGGAGCGCGGGGAGCCGCGGACGGCGGGCCCGGGGGGGGCGGCGCGCGCGGACCGGCGCCCGCUGCUGGGCAGCGCCCGGCCCUCGGGGCCGCGGGGGCCGGCGGGCGUGCAGGAAGCGAACUGGCUGCCGGGGGUGCAGGAGGGGCAGGCGGUGCGGGCCGUGCAGGAGACCUCCCCGGACGGGAAGGGGUCCCGGGAGGGAGAGCGCCCGGCCGAGGGCCGCGGCGUCCGGAGGCGCCGGCGCCGCCGCCGCUGGUGACCGCGGGCAGAGGUUGGGGAGCGGCAGCAUGCAACCCGACGAGGGCACGGGCUGGCUGCUGGAGCUGCUGUCCGAGGUGCAGUUGCAGCAGUAUUUCCUGCGGCUGCGUGACGACCUCAAUGUCACCCGCCUGUCCCACUUUGAGUACGUCAAGAAUGAGGACCUGGAGAAGAUCGGCAUGGGCCGGCCCGGCCAGCGGCGGCUGUGGGAGGCUGUGAAGAGGAGGAGGGCCCUGUGCAAGCGCAAGUCUUGGAUGAGCAAGGUGUUCAGUGGGAAGCGGCCGGAGGCUGAGUUCCCGCCUCAGCACUCCCAGAGCACCUUCCGGAAGCCCUCGCCCGGACCUGGGGGCCCCGCCUCCGCGGAGGCUGCCCUGCAGAGCCUCACCUGCCUCAUCGCGGAGAAGGACUUGCGCCUCCUAGAGAAGCUGGGGGAUGGCUCCUUCGGCGUGGUGCGCCGGGGCGAGUGGGACGCGCCCUCGGGGAAGACGGUGAGUGUGGCCGUGAAGUGCCUGAAGCCAGACGUGCUGAGCCAGCCCGAGGCCAUGGACGACUUCAUCCGGGAGGUCAACGCCAUGCACUCGCUCGACCACCGGAACCUCAUCCGCCUGUACGGGGUGGUGCUCACGCCGCCCAUGAAGAUGGUGACGGAGCUGGCGCCCCUGGGCUCACUGCUGGACCGGCUGCGCAAGCACCAGGGCCGCUUUCUCCUGGGCACGCUGAGCCGCUACGCAGUGCAGGUGGCCGAGGGCAUGGGCUACCUGGAGUCCAAGCGCUUUAUUCACCGCGACCUGGCUGCCCGCAACCUGCUGCUGGCCACUAGGGACCUGGUGAAGAUCGGGGACUUCGGGCUGAUGCGCGCACUGCCCCAGAACGACGACCACUACGUCAUGCAGGAGCACCGCAAGGUGCCCUUUGCCUGGUGUGCCCCCGAGAGCUUGAAGACACGCACCUUCUCCCAUGCCAGCGAUACCUGGAUGUUUGGGGUCACCUUGUGGGAGAUGUUCACCUACGGCCAGGAGCCAUGGAUUGGCCUCAAUGGCAGUCAGAUCCUGCACAAGAUCGACAAGGAGGGUGAGCGUCUGCCCCGGCCCGAGGACUGCCCGCAGGACAUCUACAAUGUCAUGGUCCAGUGCUGGGCCCACAAGCCAGAGGACAGGCCCACCUUUGUGGCCCUCCGGGAUUUCCUGCUGGAGGCCCAGCCCACUGACAUGAGGGCCUUGCAGGACUUCGAGGAACCUGACAAACUGCACAUCCAGAUGAAUGACGUCAUCACGGUCAUCGAGGGCAGGGCUGAGAACUACUGGUGGCGUGGGCAGAACACGAGGACGCUGUGCGUGGGGCCCUUCCCUCGGAACGUGGUCACCUCCGUGGCCGGCCUGUCUGCGCAGGACAUCAGCCAGCCUCUGCAGAACAGCUUCAUCCACACAGGGCAUGGGGACAGCGACCCGCGCCACUGCUGGGGCUUCCCCGACAGGAUUGACGAACUGUAUCUGGGGAACCCUAUGGACCCUCCCGACCUGCUGAGCGUGGAGCUAAGCGCCUCCCAUCCCACCCCACAUCUCGGAAGGGUGAAGAAGCCCACCUACGACCCCGUGAGCGAGGACCCCGACCCGCUCUGCAGCGGCCUGCGGCGGCUGGGCCUGCGAGGGCCAGGGCCGGGCCGGCCCGCGACCGGGGGCAGGCGCGGCGGGGCCGAGGUCGCGCUCAUCGACUUCGAGGGUGAGCCCGUGCUCCCCGCGCCGCGGCCCUGCGCGCCCUCGCUGGCGCAGCUGGCCCUGGACGCCGUCUCCCUGCUGGACGAGACCCCGCCGCAGAGCCCCACGCGGGCGCUGCCCCGGCCCCUGCACCCCACGCCCGUGGUGGACUGGGACGCGCGGCCCCUGCCCCCGCCGCCCGCCUACGACGACGUGGCCCUGGACGAGGACUCGCCCGCGUGCCCGGGCAGCCCCGCGCGCGCGGCGCGACUCUUCGGGGCGCUGCAGCAGGCGUGCCCGUGGGAGCCCACGCAGGAGCGCGGCCCGCCCGCCCCGCCGCGCCCGCCGCCCCGCCUGCCGCCACGCCAGCCCCCGCCGCCCAUGCCCACCACGCAGAGCUUCGCGCCCGACCCCAAGUACGCCAGCCCGCAGGUGACCCAGGCCGCCGGGCCCCGCGCCGCGCCCUGCAUCCUGCCCAUCGUCCGCGACGGCCGCAAGGUCAGCAGCACCCACUACUACCUGCUGCCCGAGCGCCCGCCCUACCUGGAGCGCUACCAGCGCUUCCUGCGCGAGGCCGCGGGCCCCGAGCCGCCCGGCGCGCCCGCCCCUGCGCCCACCGCCACCGUGCGGCCCAUGCCCCACGCGGCCCCCGACCCGGAGGCCAACUUCUCGGCCAACAACAGCAACGCGGGGGACGCGCCUGCGGACAAGGUCCAGACGCUGCAGGCCAUGGUGCACGGGGUGACCACAGAGGAGUGCCAGGCGGCCCUGCAGAGCCACAGCUGGAGCGUGCAGAGGGCGGCCCAGUAUCUGAAGGUGGAGCAGCUGUUUGGGCUGGGGCUGCGGCCGCGAGGCGAGUGUCACAAGGUGUUGGAGAUGUUUGACUGGAACCUGGAGCAGGCCGGCUGCCACCUCCUGGGCUCCUGCAGUCCUGCCCACCACAAGCGCUGAGCUGUCCGGAGAGCUGAGGGUUUUCCCUGAAGGAAUCAUUUUGAGUCUCUAUCCACAGGGUGGGGAGACGCCCCACCCGGAACUGGAGGACCUGGUGUCACUUGGCCGAGGCAGCAGGCAGCUGGGAGCCUGCCUUGCUCCUGUCUCCCUCCCCUGUCCUGUAACUGGUCCAGCCCAGGUACAGGAGGGGGCGCUGUGAGGGCAGGCCCUGUGGUUCGGGCCCCCGGCGGGGCCACGAUGGGAGGAUGUCCCUGGCCACAAUGGGAGGGUGUCCCUGCGGGCGGGGAGCCAGGCUUCCCCAGAAAGGGAGAGUGUGUGGGAGACCCAGGAAGGUGGGCCCGCACCUAAGGGCCCUCCCCCAGGGAGCCUCUGCGGGCAGUCGUGGGUGGUCGAACACACUGUGACUGAGGACUGUAGCCUGGAGCUCGUCGGACAUGGCUAAGCAGAGCCAGGCUGCCAGAGCUCUGCAGGGCAAGCCCCGCAGUUGGACGGAGACCAAGGGGGCAGCUGCUCGGGAGGGUCGCCCGUGCUUCCUCUGACCCAGCUCUCCCCUGUGCUGUUCUGUGUUGCCAACGUUGCCUCCCCAGCUGUGGCUAUGUGCUUCUUCCAGAGAAAUAAAGCUGAUUUCUAUUUUAAAGUUA